UUCCUAGUUGAGUUUUGGAGCUUGUUCAACAUCAACAAAGCGCGAGGCAGAGUUCAGCAGCGACGUGUUUCUGGGGUAGACCCGGUCGGUUCCGGUUAAAUAACGAAGUCCUGCUCCACCUGCCGUUGUUCUCGGGGAGUUUCUGCGCGUUAAAAUGACUUUUCACAGAGUUCUCUCGGCGGUUUGUGUACCGAUAUGUUGGGCAUGUGUGUCCGCGGCGGAGGGCACGCGCACUGCCUCCACCGGCGGCGCCACCGCGGCCCCCGGACCCGCGGGGACGAACUCCUCCAGCGGGGCGAACUCCACUCACAGCGCCGGGGGGGGGGGCAGGAUGCUGAACGGCCUGAACGUGGACAGCUCGGUGAUCCAGAGGGCCCUGUACGUGUUGAUCGGCAUCACCAUGAUCGGAGUUCUCUACUUCCUCAUCCGAGCUGUACGGAUGAAGAGGCCCGCCUCCAAGAAGAAGUACGGCCUGCUGGCCAACUCGGAGGACGGUGUGGAGAUGGAGGGGGGGGACAGCGACGAGGAUGACACGCUGUACGAGGCUCGCAGUCUCCGCAGGUAA